AGCUAACACAAGGGCUGUGCUGCGAGAGCAUGAGGUCGCACCACCAACAAACUCAGGCCUACAGAGGCCAAAGGAGAGCACACAAUACCGUCUCUUCCGUGAAGAGCUGCUGCGGAAUGAACGGCCCAGCCUUACGAGCCCCCCAAGCCUGGUUCUGCUAAGCUGCAGGUAAGCAACGAAAAGAGUGAGCCUAAGCGGAGAUCCAAGACAUGACCAAUCCCGGCCCCAACGGGCACUGGAGCACCCUUGCUGAGGUGCAUUUUGCUCUCGUGGCAUUGGCAUUGGCGUCGUUGGCGUCCCUCAGCUCACAGCCAGAGACAAGCAGCAAGACAAGGACGGUGAGGUGACAACAGCAACAAGCCCAAAUGGAUACCACCAGGCUCGACCCAACCCCGAGGCGCCGAGAGGCGUUCAGCUCCCUCACAUCUUUUUAUUGAAGCUCAUUCCCAGCUCAUCCGGCGUAGGCCAUCCUGCUUUCCUACCUCGUCUUGUUUCUUACCUCUCAUGCUCUUACAUACUCGCUCCUCACCAUCGCAGGAAUAUUCCAGGUAGACACCGAUCGCCUCUUCCCGACUACCCGACUUCCAUCUUCACUUCCACACCGGAAGUUACCUUCAAUACUUGGUAGCUUGUCCACGGCACUGCGAACCGAGUCUGCCGGUUGCCGAACCAAUCUUCCCAAUCAGGAAGUUGCCAAACCCCAACAGCAGUUCGUCACACAGCACCACGUCGUCUCCCGAUACUCUGGGCCCGGCACUUGAGCACCCACUCCGAAUCUAUCAAUCCCACCUUCAACGGACCCCCGUCCCGGCAGUCAUUUACAACACUCCACAAAACCCCGGGCGAUAUGCGUUCAUCCCAGUCCGCCCCGGCGCUUGUUGCGCUCCUCUUUGUGGCUACGGCAUCGGCCCUGUCGCCGGCGAGACUGCAUUGCCUUCGGUCACGAAAUCUCGAGCUGGCCAGAUUGGCAGCUUGUGGCGAACCUGGAUCCGUGGCCCACUGCAUGGAGAUGGUCGCGGACGACUUUACACAAACCGAUCUGGAGAGAUGCUACAUCAAUGCUGGUUGCGACUUUGCCGAAGCCGUGAUUGAGUCGCAGUGGACUCUGGACAGAUGUGAUAACAGCGGCAGCGCCCCUGCGGAACUGCGCAAACGCCAUGUCACUGUCUUCGCGCGUCAGACUACAGAGGCGACUGCGGCAACCGCUGAGACGGCCACGGGUACAUCCACCGGCACGGCAACCUAUUCCAAGCUCACGUGCUCUACAUCGACGACCAAGUCGACCACGCAAUGUCCCGUUGUCUCGACUGGCGUGCAGAAAGGCAAAACUCUCAAGGAAGGUUGCUUCCCGACACAGGUGGUGUACGGAACAUGCGCUGCGGGCCUGCUCUGCAAGAACGAUAACUCGGGCAACCCUUCGUGCAAGGUGCUGGAUAACACCGUGUACCCUGGCGGCAUCGCUGUAGCGCUCUUCUUCGCUGUGGCCAUCACGGGUUCCAUUGCGUGGAUCACGUUCCUUUGCUGCAAGGAGAGGAAGCAGAAGAAGCGCAACGCGGCAAGGGUGCAGGCGGCUAUGGACGCGAAGAUGGCGGCCAAGCGACAGCCAGCUGUGCAAGUUCACGAUUCGGACAACCAGCCUCUCAUGUCGUAUGGGCAACCGGCUGCUGCGUAUGAGGCGCACGGUCCAUUUGGUGACCAAAACCGGAUGUAAGGCGGAGAUGCGAAUGGGUUGUGGAUUGCGAGGGGGAUGAAUGAUCAAGCCUCGACCGAUAGGCGUGCGUUGAUCAGGGACGGAGGCGUAAAGAGCAGUCAUGGUUCAAGAUACCUAUUGUGUUCGAUUCUGAUUUCGGGGUUUAAAGGGCGCAUUAAGGUCCAUGGGAUGAGGCAUGAGCCAACGAGUAAACAAAAAUUCAAGUCACUACUAAGUAAUUCAUUUGAGAUGCCUCGUCAAAGGCUGACUGUGCUGUCAAGCUGACCCUGCAUAAAAGUGAUAGUUGUUCUUGUAUGCGACCGGGACAGACCGGAUGAGGUGGAACCGGAAUCCGAACUCAAUCGGCCGGCCGCUAUUACACAAUCUCCGCACAACGAGCUACUGUCAAAACUACGACGGUUGACGGCCACGUUUUUACGAAUUGCUGACUUGGGAGGAAGUGCAGUUCGUG